AAGCAUCUCCACGACCUAACCGAGAAUUCUCCCCUUCUGGAUAAGAACUUUCGGAUGUUAAUAUCCUCGUACUCGUGGGCAGAUAGUACAACGCCCGGUACUCGGUAUCCGGCCAAAGAAUUUGUCGGGUGAUUUUGAAAAUUGGCGCCCCCUCGAGCUCUCGAACUCAGAGCGGCUGGCGAGCGGCCGAGGACGAGGGUCGAGAGAGUCGCUCGAUAGUCUCGAAGCGCCUGGCGGGAGAGAGAAGAUGCGCGCGCGCACAUUCUCCCGUUUCCCAGUCUCGUUGAGCUUCUCGUGUUGGUCGGACCGUGGCGGGGAGGUGGUAAGAAGUGCUGCCGUAGUAGGGAUGAGAGAGAGAGUGCCAAGAGUGGAACCUGAGGACGUGGAAGCGCCGUUAGGCCAGACGAAACUCGGAGGAAGGAAGCAGAAGAGGAAAGACUGGGGAAACUGCUGCUGACGGACGCGCACCACACGGCUCACCUCCGUAUCGCUGACGAAUCACACUCGACUAUCGAUGGCUUGCCGAUAAAGGUCAAAGGCUGCCGUGUGCCAGAUUAGAGCUCAAAGCCACCAGCCAGCGACAAUGAACUUCACGCCGUUCCCGGGAUUUACCACGGGCUCGCUGCCGACGGGCACCGUUCACCAAUUCGCCACGGCCAAAUUCGCCCAGAACCUGACGACCGGCGGCCAGGUCGUAGGCGUCCUCUCGGGCGGCGAGGGCGGCGUUCAUUACCUGAGGCCGGUAGAUCCCAAUGGCUUCACCGUCGCCCAGAGCCCGGGUGGCCAGCAGCAGCAGAUAAUCACCUUGCCGAUCACGGUGCCGGGUAAAGAUGGUACGCAGCAGCAGCAGACGGUCCAGAUACAGGUCGUCAAUCCGAGCGUCUCGCAGAGCGGCGCCAGCGGCGAGCAACCCAAGUACCAUCUCGCGCCCAUCUCGCUCAGCCAAUUCCCCCAGGGUGCGGCGACGGUCCUUACCGUGGCCUAUAGCCAGCAAGGUCCCGACGGACUGCAGAUACAGGUCCAGCCGCAGAACACCGUCGCUACUACACAAACGUCCGAGCAGACGACUCAGAGCACGUCGACCGCGACCACCACCACUCAGCAGACGAUCCAGCAGACGGUCCAGUUGCCGGGGGCGCCGGAAGGCUUGACGGUCGUUGCCCAGAUCCCUCACGACCUUAUACUACGCGAGAGCAUCGAGGACACGAAGGAGACCGAGGUAAAGACGGAGGCUGGUACGACGCCCGUGGCCCUCAUAAAGCGCGGGGGCGUCAAGAGCCAGGCAAACCAGAGCGGUGAGGAGUUCAUCGCGUCGAUGCAGGGUACUUGGCCGAGCAUAACCGCCGGCUCCACCGUCGCCGACUACCUCUCCAGGCUGCCGACGAGUACGCUGCCGCUGUCGCUCCAGCACUUCCUCAAGUUCUCGGCGGAGACGAUAAAGCGCGAGGCAAUGAUCGAGUCGAGCCCGCUGGGCGCGGACGGCCUCGACGCCUCGGGCAGUGCCGGCUCCGAGGGUCAAACAGUGCAGAUCACGGUGGCCGGUGGCGAGACGGAGAUCAUACCAGACGUCGUGGACGAAACAGGCGGCGAGCCCGGCGUCAAGCCCAAGCGCAAGAAGAAGUAUAAGAAGAAGCCUCCCAAGCCCAAGAAACCCAAGCCCGGACAGAUGAGCUACGUCGAAUGUGGCGAAAACUCCAAAAGUAGACGUUUUAAGGUAAGCAUCGUCACGGCCUUGGAUGGCACGAAGCCCCAGUGCAACAUGGCCUACCCGGAGAAAGAACUGCUCGAGCAGCACUUGAUCGGCCACAAGAUCGAGAGGCGAUUUAUUUGUGACAUAUGCGGCGCUGGAUUGAAACGCAAGGAGCACCUGGAGAGGCAUAAGCUUGGUCAUAAUCCUGAUCGGCCCUUUAUAUGCUCCGUCUGUAUGAAGGGUUUCAAGCGGAAAGAGCAUCUGAAUUUGCACUUCGUGAUACAUAGCGGGCAGAAGACGGAGGUGUGCACGGAGUGUGGCAAGGCCUUUUACCGUAAGGACCACUUGAGAAAGCACGCGAGGAGCCACCUGGCCAAGCGGGCCAAGGAAAGCGAUCCCCUCGGCUCGACCGACAACACCCAAGCCCAGCAACAAGCCCAGCAACAGGUCGAGCAACAGCAGCAGCAGCAGCAACAACAGCAGCAGCAGCAGCAGGAACUACAGCAACAGACCAAUGUGCCCGAGGUCCAGCAAAUACAGAUUCAGGUCGGCCAGGGAUCCCAGGCACAAAUUCACCAGAUCUCGGUAAGCGAGCAGUCGACGGUAGUUUUACCAACAGCAGCUGAGACAGGCGCUAUGACGUUGCUCCAUCAUCAACAGCAGCAACAGCAACAGCAACAGCAACAGCAGCAGCAGCAGCAGCAACAGCAGCAGCAGCAGCAGCAGCAGCAACAGCAACAGCAACAUUAGCGACGACGGCAGCGACGAAAAUACUGUCAGUUCCCUUCGACCAGUCUUCUACAAUGACUGUACAACGGCUAUGAACUGAUCGUAUAGUCCAUGAUUUAUUGACCUCUUAUGCGCCUUCUCGAUUCCGGCUCUGUCAUCAUCGUUAAAACCUUGUACCGAGUAUCAUGUAUAAUAUAGGAUUUAUUAUCUCGCUGGAGGUAGCUGCUGACUAGUUGAGCAUGGCAGAACGAUUUUUAUGGCUCUUGGCAGAAAAUUCACUGAUUUAUUUUGAGUGUUAGGGUGACAACAGAUUUCAGUUUGUAAAACGGCUGAACGUUAUCGUUAGUAAUGUUUUAAAAUUAGAAUUGCAAUUUUGAAUUACGAUUGUUUUUUUAAUAAAAUAAUUAAAAAAAAGGGUGCUUCGCGUAUUGAUGUUGAGGCUUGUAUACUUACAGUUUUUAUGUAAGUAUAAAGUACCUAUGUUGCGCAUAGCUGGUGAAUCUGUUAAUUAGCCUGUAUACACAGUAAUAAGCUCGGUAACUCGAAAGAAGUGAAUAAUUUUCUACCAGGAAUGUAUAGUAAGUAAGCAGGGAUAGAUGGCUCUUUGCUAUAACUUCUUAAUGGAGAAUUUUUCUUAGCAUAAUAUCGUAUACGGAUUUUGUUUCUGUAUAAAUUAAAUAUGUAGUGGUGUAUAUAUAACAUAAUAAUACCCUUUUCAUAACUAGUG